AUGGGGAAGAGAAGUGGAGUCUCCGCUGUGAACGUUGUAUUCGGGUGGCUGAGACAGCAAUCGAAAAAGGUUAAGAUAGCUUUAGGGGUCCUCCUCUCUCUGAUCCUCGUCGUCUUUCUUAGAUUCACAGUCAAGAAUCACAGCCACUUCUUCAUUGCCUCCGAGCUCAUCCAUGCCGCCGGAAUCAUAAUUCUCAUCUAUAAACUUACCCGUCAAAAGACUUGCUCCGGGCUUUCUUUAAAGUCUCAAGAAGUGACAGCAGUGUUUCUUGCUGUGAGGCUGAUCUGCAGUAUAAACAUGGAAGGUGAUAUCCACACAGUUCUCGAUUUCGCCACUUUGGUUUCGACUUUGUGGGUCAUUUAUAUGAUUCGGUUCAAGCUUAAAGCGUCUUAUAUUAAGACUUUGGACAAUUGCCACCAUUACUAUGUGCUUGUUCCAUCUGCUUUCCUUGCAUUUAUUAUCAACCCGAGUACGAGAUAUAGUUACAUCAACCGUGUCAUGUGGGCGUUUUGCGUUUACUCGGAAUCUGUCUCUGUUCUGCCUCAGCUUCGAUUAAUGCAGAAUGCUCAAUUCAUAGAGCCUUUCACAGCUCAUUACGUGUUUGCGCUAGGUAUCGCUAGAUUCUUAGCAUGCGCUCAUUGGCUUAUCCAGGUCUUCGAGACUCGUGGACGUUAUCUAUGGCUGAUCGGCGAUGGUUACUUUUGGCUCCCGGUGUCUUUAUUAGCCGAGGGAGUUCAAACGUUCAUCCUUGCUGACUUCUGCUACUACUAUGUCAAAAGUGCUAUGGAGGGUCAGCUCGUACUGAAGAUGCCUGUUUAG